CCAUUUAAAGUUACUCCUUGAGAUAAACUUAUCAAAACAUGUAUCCACGGUCGCUAAACGUUCUUUUAAAAAGACUGUUUCCAUGGCAACUGCGUAAAAUAUAAACAAACAGGAAAUAUGUAAACACGCGUCUUCUUAACUCGUAUCGUAGGUAUUGCUUUUUCGUCGAAGUAUUUUUAUUUUUGCAAACGACUAUAACAAGGUAACAAAAAGUUGUGCGAAAUUAAAAAUGCCUUUAUUUAGCAGUAAAUUCUCUGCUAAAACAAUACCAGUCAGACGACAAGAUACAUCAGUGAUAAAAAAAGAAUUCGGUAGCGAUUACGCCGCUAAAGAACUGUCCAUUGACAUUGCUCCAUUAAAACUAAAGUUAGGUGAUUUUGAAGUGUCCUUUGAAGAUGGACAGUGGAUCCCGGCCUCAGGAAAAGCUGGCGCCGCACACAAAGAAAAUAUCCGGCUCAAAAAGGAGCUUGAGCAACUGGAAGAAGAGAAUAACAUGUUGCGAUUGAAAUUCGAAAUAUUACUGGACAUGAUGACUGAUAAAACCGUGGAGGCUGAACAGCAAGAGGUACAACGCACACAAAGUGUGGGAAACUUGACUAAGAAAGCCAAAAAGCGGUGGUGAUAAACCUAGUCAGUGCAGCUAUUCAGGAAUAUAGGGCUGAUGUUAAAUAUACUCUUAAAAAACAUUGUGCUCUGCCUGUAAAAGGCACAUACACCUUGUGCUGUCAUAAGCACCUUUCACAGAGUUGAUGAAUAGCUCCACAGAUCACUUAUGCUGUUCAAUGAAUUGGAUUAUAGUUCUUUGAUAAUUGUAAAUAAAUAUUGGCAUGUGUACAUAUUUUUAAGUUUCCUUUGGGAUAUUUAAAAUAAAAUUUGUUAAUAAAACAUGAAAAUUUAAUAUAAAAACUGUACUUACAAACUAAACUGUUGUACAAUUAGUAUCACAUUUAGCCACAGAAAAUUUUAAUUCUUAUUUUUAUUAUACAUAUACAUUGUAUAACUAUAGAAACUUAAAUUUUGACAACAAAACAUUUUUAUUUCAUGUAGAAUGACGAAAUGCAAGGAUGUUUUCUGUCUUAAUGAUUUUAUUACAAGGUAAAAAUCAUCAAUUUCCAUUAAAAUUACUCCUUUGUACAGUUAACAACAUAAAUACGUACCUAGUAAAGUGUAGAUACAAUAUAUGACAAAAUUAUUAAGAAAAUAAUAACUGUUUAUAUUAGGUAUGUACAUUAGCUUUUCAUAAAAUGGUUUAAUUUAUUUAACUUUGUGGCAAAACUUGAAUGGUGAAAAUAUCAAAAUAAAUUAUUCACUUAUUCACAUUUUCAAAUGUACUAGGACUGUAAAUUGGGACACCUAUCCCUCCUAUGUCCCUCCUGCUUGCAAAGUGUACAGCGACGCGCGCCCCCGCCCUCCCGCCGCGCGCCGCGCCCGCCGCCGCCCCCGCGCCCGCCCCCGCCUCCGCGCCCGCCCCGGCCUCGGCCUCUUGUAGCUGUGGUGCCACCAUUGCCCCAUUCUGUAACAAUCCCAACUAAUAAAUAAACACAGCAAACGAGAGUGAAACAUUAAUCUUAAUCAGGUGUAGUACUUGGGCCCUUGUGUUUUGAGAUAGAUAAUAGAUAGAUGGACGCUCUAGCAUUACCACUGCCCCAAAGAUCCAACCAAAGAAUGCUUCCAAAAGAUAUAAGGCAAUUUUUAAUAAUGUUACCUCAUAUGUAACAAAUCCCAACGUACCAUUCUGUAAAGCGGAUCCUUCAUCUGCCCAUUGGAAGAAAUUACAACGAUUAUUGUAUUCGUUAGGACAUGAA